AUGGCCAGGAUUGACUCCCGCCAUGGACGUGCUACACAUCUACGCAAGUCAGCAACCUCAUGGGCACUCCACCGGUAUCACCUACGAGCAAGGCGUUUACGCCGUCUCCGCUCUCUUGGCCUGACUGCUGCUCAAUUGCAGCGUCUCAAUCGACUGUCAUUUGGGCUCCCCACUCAUCCCCGACAGUCUAUUAUGUUCGAUAUGGACAGUGAAUUUGAAGACUUCGAAAACGAUGCAACGAUCUCCAGCGACUCUGAUACAGACUCAAGCCUGAGUGCGGAUUCUUCACAAAGUUCUAGCGGCACAUCAUCAACUGCCAGUGUCGAUUCAUUUGACUUGCGAGAUGAUGACCUACCCAUUCCUCGAGGAUAUCGACGCACACCAAUCUCCUCUUCUCGAGUUCUCAACUGGGUAGAAAGGCAGAUUCAAGAUAUGUAUGCCCAGCGCUACAGUGUGCCACGCAUACCACUUAUUCGGCCAGAAUCACGUCUCAAAACAUGUCUCAAGUCGUGGAAACACAACGAUAAGCUGGCAUUCCGUGGUGAGCUUCGAAUCUGGCCCACAACCUUCGACAAACUCCUUCGGAAAAUCGAGGGCCAUAGUGUCUUUACCAAUAACUCCAAUAAUGGCCAGACUCCUGUCGAAAUCCAGCUCGCCGUGGCACUCUACCAAUUUGGGCAUAAUGGCAAUGGAGUAUCACUUCAGGCUGUCUCAUGGUGGUCGGGACUGGGGAAGGGAACAGUGCCUCGUUGUACGCGGCGCGUUAUAACUGCUAUUUUAGGCAGUGGAAUGUUGGCUGAAUAUGUCCGUAUGCCGACUGCAGUGGAGAAGGAGGAAGCGAAGAUAUGGGUUGAGAAGACAUCAGGCUGCCGAGAGUGGAGAGACGGCUGGUGCAUGGUCGAUGGAACCCUGAUUCCAUUAGCCACACGUCCAAACUGGUAUGGACCAAGCUAUUUUGACCGGAAAAUGAACUACUCCAUGAACCUCCAAGUGGUCAACCUUCCAAACCUUCAAAUAAUUGACAUUGGGUAUGGCUACGUUGGCAGUACCCACGAUGCAACUGCCUGGACAGGAACUCGGGUCUACCAAGAGCUCACCACACUCCUUUUGUCUGGAGAAUUCAUUUGGGGAGAUGCCGCUUAUCCGAUAUCCCGUUGGCUGACUGCCCCAUUCAAGAGCCCCGAACGUGAAGACCCGGACAACACUAUCUUCAACAACCAUGUGUCUUACGUUCGAGUCCGCUCCGAGCAUUGCAUUGGGUUUUUGAAAGGCCGGCUACAGUCACUCAAAGGACUGCGUCUUACUAUCAACAACCGUCACGACCACAAAUAUGCAACCCAAUGGAUCAUGGCCUGUGUCGUGGUUCAUAACUUCGCACUUCUCCACGAGGCAAGGCUUCGAGCAAAACGUCCAUUAAAUCCUGAAUAUACUGCGCCCGAAAACGAUCCCUUCAUUCCAGCUGAUAUACGACACCGGCGAAAUCAGCUGGACGACGGGCACGACUUGCAGCAGGAAAAGCGAAGCGAAAUGAAUUGA